AUGAAGAAUUUAGAUGUAUUUUUGAUAUUUCUAGCCAUCAGAAUCGCUUCAGUAUUUCUGGUACAAACAUAUUUCGUUCCUGACGAGUAUUGGCAGUCUCUGGAAGUUGCACACCACCAGGUUUUCAAAUAUGGUCAUUUAACAUGGGAAUGGAGUAAAGGUAUCAGAAGCUAUUCACCAAUAAUAAUUGUAUCUGGUUUGUUCAAGAUAUUACAGCUACUCCAACUGGAUACAGCUGAAAUUUUGAUUUACAGUCCUCGCUUACUUCAAGCUUUACUGAGUGCUUACUCAGAUUUGAGUUUUUAUAAGUGGUCUGGCACCAAGAAAUGGGCAAUUUUCUGCAUUGCCAAUUCUUGGUUUUGGUAUUAUACUGGGUCAAGAACUUUGAUAAACAGUUUAGAAUGUGCACUAACUACAAUUGCUCUGUCCAAAUUUCCAUGGCCAGGGAAAGGUAUUGAAGAAAAUUCAAUAUUUAUUUGGAUUGUGGCUGUUAUUUUUUUCAUAAGACCAACAAGUGCCCUGAUAUGGUUACCACUUUGUAUUUACCAUUUGAUUAUCAACAAGAAUUCUGUUCUCAAUGUGGUACUCAAAACUUAUUUGCCAAUAGGAUUAUUUGUGUUCGCCCUAUCAGUAUUAGUUGACAGUUUAUGCCAUGGAUCGUUCGUUGUAACACUGUACGAAUUCCUAAAAUUCAACAUUUUCGAAGAUGUCGGCUCUUUCUACGGGGUCCAACCGUGGCACUGGUAUUUAUCGACAGGGUUCCCAGCGAUCCUCGGUAUACAAUUUUUGCCUUUCAUGUCGGCCUCAACGGUAGUUUUGAAAAAUAGGAAAGUACAUCCCAAUGAAUUGGCAAUGUUGGGAACCAUCGUGUUCGCCUUGACUAUGUACAGCUGUCUUCCACACAAGGAAUUCCGGUUCAUUUUAUCGCUGCUGCCAUUGGUGCUCUACAUUUCAUCAAGAUUUUUGUCUGCUUGGAGCCGAAAAGCCAGCAGGGCUGCUGUUUGGGUAGUAGCGACAGUAAUUUUCGUGGGAAAUGUGGUACCAAUGUGGUACCUUGGCAUGGUGCAUCAGAGAGGCACUCUCGAUGUGAUGACAUCUCUGAGGCAAAUUUCCCAUAAAAAUCCUCAGCAAACCAGUUUGCUAUUCCUGAUGCCUUGUCACUCUACUCCCUUGUACAGUCAUCUUCAUAUCAAUGUGACGACGCGCUUUUUAACGUGCUUGCCAAAUUUGAAUAACAUCGAUGGGUAUGUGGACGAGGCAGACCAAUUUUAUAAGAACCCCAGUGCCUGGUUGAGACAAAACUACCCUCCCAAUGGGACACUGCCCUCUCACAUAAUAUUAUUCGAUGUUUUGGAAGCGAAUAUCAGUGACAUUUUGAGCAGGUACAAACAAACUCAUGAAAUAUUCCAUACAGAUAUGCCAGCUACUUCCAGGAUAGGAAAGUAUGUUUUGAUCCAUAAAAGAUUGGAUUAUUAA